AUGGAGACGUGCUAUGUCGCUCGCGGUCGCUGCAUCCCCACCCUCACCCCCAUCCCAGAACCCCGGCCUCACCGCCCGCCCUCGGCGAUCGCCUUUGGAACAGCCCCAGUUAAUGGCUGCUACCAUCCGCUCUUUGAAACACUCGGAGAUGACGCCAGGAAGCCAAAAAACGAGACGAAUUUUGAGCCUCAGGCGCCUAUCGGAUCCCAUCGGGUGACGUUCACCUCUCCACUACCCCCCCCUCCUACUUCACCGCAGAACGCUCUGGCCACGCCCCCUCCGCGAUUGAGUGAGUACGGUAUCCAAUAUCCCGCCUUCCUUUAUUUCGGGGUCGAACUCCGCGGAGACGUGGGAGUGAAGUCGGACAGGCGAAUGUCGAGUGAAAGUCGGCGGAAGAGACGAGGCCGCCCUCCCCCCCCCCGCCCGGGAGGUGUAGUGUGUCGCGGGAAGCAGUGCGUUCCGCGCCAGGUGCCCCCGGAAGAGAAACUCGAGACGCUGCGAGCUCAUUACUGGGGGAUCCCUUGCAACGCGCAGCCGCCUCUAGGCUACACUAACUUGCUUCCGUGCCACCGGAAGCAGCGCGACCUGGCAGCCAGCCGUGUCUUUCGACUCAAUUUGGAAGCAACGCGAACGGCGGGUGUUUCAGUUGGCGCGCCGGCCGCCGCGCAGCGCUGCGUGCUGCCGGCGCCGCAGACCCGCGGCCCGGGAUCUCAUUACGAGUUGCUUCGAAACCCGGUAUGUCUGGCAACACUGCAGCCCGCGCACGCGCCUCCUGUGCCUCACGCACAGGAGAUAAAGGAUAGUUAUGAAUAUAGCAACGUGUUCGUGAUCGCCGCCAUCCUGCUGGAGCGCAACCUGCAGAACGUCGCCAACUACCUGAUCGUCUCGCUCGCCGUGGCGGACCUCAUGGUGGCGUGCCUCGUCAUGCCGCUGGGUGCAGUGUACGAGAAAACACUGGUGAAGUACGUAAAGUCGCGGAAAGCAUCUGGCUAA